AUGAGUUUGUGUUGUCCUUACGAAGAAUAUGAAACAUCAUUAGAAAUACAAAACUCUCCUUAUUCUCCUUUGUUACAAGAACUUGACUAUGAUGAGGAAAUUAUGAGUGAUAAUGAAAAUAUCAUAUAUGGUUUGGAUACUGAUAUUGAUUCGGUAGAUUCUGAAGAUUUUCGUAGAGCUAGCUUUGAAGAUGCAGUAAAUGAUAUGAUCAAUGAGCAUAUUCCAUAG